CACGUCUUGGAAGUGGUAGGGAGGGUGUUUGGUACUGCUACUAGCUUAGCUUUGUUUGUUUGUAACACUGGGAAAACCUUGUUUCGUCUCUCUCUCCCUCUCCCCCUCUCCCCCUCUCCAAUUAUUUGUUUUUUACUUGUGAAAGACCACUCCUUUUAAAAAACCAGCUCUUUCUCUCUCUACUCAAACAGUAGAAGAAACCCAACUCAAGAUGCGCGUCCAACUCUCUGAACUUUGUUCUUCCUCCUCUUCCUGCUCAUGAACUCAACGACCGCGGAAUGGCCGAGGUGUCCAGAAUGGAUUUUGGGCUGAUGGGUUUGGAGGGUUUGGUGGGUCCCGACGCUGGAGGAGGAGAGGCAGCGGGAAAAGUUGGUGACGGAUCUGGCUCCGCCUCCACCAAGCAGCAAAGAUCUUGGCCGGCGGAGGACGACUGGACGACCUCAAAAAUGCCGAAAAACGAAGACUUGAAUGCUCCCAAGACAAUGCCAUUGCAGUACCAGGGGACACCUCUGCUGAGAUCUAAUUCUCAGCUGCUUCCUCCUCCAGCUGAGACUCACAGGCAGGAGCAAAUGCUGAGCUUUUCUAACAACAAAUCAGAAGUCAGUUUUCUCAGCAAAGAUGGAGACUUUGCCUACUACCAGAGGAAUCCCAGUGCCAUUCUCUCUCCUUACCCAAGGAAUGCAGGCUCACCAGGUUAUGGAAGCUUGAAUCUGAGCAUGCAUGGGCCUUUGACUGGGGCUAGAGGACCCUUCACUCCUUCUCAGUGGAUUGAGCUGGAGCACCAGGCCUUGAUCUACAAGUACAUGACUUCAAAUGUGCCUGUCCCUUCCAAUCUGCUCAUACCUCUCAAGAAACCCCUCUACACUUAUGGCUUGUCUGGUCCUUCUAAUCCCACCUCAAUAGCGUGGGGCGCUUACCAUCUGGGCUUCUCUGGCAACAAUGAUCCCGAACCUGGGAGGUGUCGCCGGACGGAUGGGAAGAAAUGGCGUUGCUCGAGAGAUGCUGUUGCAGAUCAGAAGUAUUGUGAAAGGCAUAUUAACAGGGGCCGCCAUCGUUCAAGAAAGCCUGUGGAAGGCCAGCCUGGCCAGGCCGUCUCUGGGACCAGUAAUUCAAAGAGGGUGCCUAUGAAUUCGUCAAUGUCAACAUCCGUGAUGGCAAGCAAUGGCGCAUCCAACAGUGUCACAACCAUGCCGCAGCAGUUCAAAAGCUUGCAGCCUGCUGUUGCUGCCAAUCCUUCGCCUGCAGAUGCCUUUGUCAACAGGAUGCAAGAUCCACGUGGACUUUCCGUGAUGUCUGCUCCUAGCCUUAAGCCGAAAUCCAACAAUUCGACUUCUAAAAUUGGGAAACAAGAAUUCCUAGCGGAAGAAUCCUCCCAAUCAGAGUUUGGAAUUGUUUCUACUGAUUCACUUCUCAACCCUUCACAUAGGAACUCGUACAUCUCUAAAGAUUUUGGUGGUUCUUUCCUAGACUUCCCUGAUCAAGAAAGUCAAGACCAACAUCCGCUUCGCCAGUUCAUGGAUGAUUGGCCUAAGGACCAGUCCAGUCACUCAGUCUCUACUUGGCCUGAAGAAAUAAAAUCAGACUGGACUCAGCUGUCAAUGUCGAUCCCAAUGGCAUCCUCGGAGUUCUCAUCAUCCUCUUCCUCCCCAACGCACGAGAAACUUGUGCUCUCACCGCUGAGGCUAUCCCGGGAGUUUGUGCCUACCCAAAUGAAUUUGGGAAUGAGCAAUGACCUUAGCGAAUCAAGCCAGGAACAAACUAAUUGGAUACCUAUCCCCUGGGGAAAUUCAAUGGGGGGUCCUUUAGGAGAGGUCAUAACCAACACCACCAGCAGUGGGAAGAUCUGCAAUAACUCAACAUCGCCGCUUAACCUCUUAAAUGAUGGGUGGGAUGGCAACUCUCAGUUGGGAUCUUCCCCAACUGGUGUCUUGCAGAAGUCAACGUUCUGUUCGCUUUCAAACAGCAGCUCAGGGAGCAGCCCAAGAGGAGGUGAGAUCAAGAAGAGUAGCCUUGAUGGGGCAAGCAUAUAUGAUGACGUGCUAGGUUCGACCUUCGCAAGUUCCUCAGUUCCAUCCCUGUAAAAUUGUCAAAGCUACAAACUGAGGAGACAAGGCAUGAACUUGCAGUAACCAUUUGUGAUCUUUUCAGUUUCUCUCUUUUUCUUGUUCCUUAUCCUCCUUUUAAUUGUUUUUUUAUUCGUGGGUUACAAACUAGACAUGGUGAUCCGAAUAUGCAUAGGUAUUAGCCAGUUUGGCUAGUGUGGAUUUGUUGGUAUCUAUAGUUUCUCCCUUUAUGAAUUCUAAAGUAAUUGAUACUUUUGUUAAUA